UAAUCUUAAAGAAGCCAAGCUCAGAGAAGCUCAGAGAAGCUCAAGAGCCAAGUCUUGCGGCCAAGCAAAGAUGGCUGAGAAGACCGUUAUCGACAACGAGAAAUCAACGCCGUCACCCCCGGCUGCUCGGUCGUAUUUUCCGUCGAGUGAACGCAAAGUCCAUGACUCCAGCGUGACUUUCGAGGAAUACUACUAUUACGCGCAGCGCACACGCGAAGAACAACGACAGCUACAAGCUCCGCAAUGGCAAUGGCGAACCGUCUUCUCUUCCCGAAAGAAAACCGCAGAUCCUGUAGAAGAUGACCAUGGAUUCGAGCCAGCUGCUGGUAGGGUCAUUACCGAAGAAGAGUGGUCAAACGCGAAUCGAGCAUUCCGUACAGCUUCAUGGGGAGCAGUAUUCUACCUGAUCACCACCGAUAUUCUUGGCCCAUUUACUGUUCCACGCUGCCCACAACAAGCCUAUCAUGAUCUACUUGUAGAACCAAGCAAAACGCGCGUGGAGGACUAGCCACUACGAGGCUCCUGAAACCCCCAGUGCUCCGUGCCGAAUUUUGGAUUCUCGACUUUAUCUGCACUACAGCCCUUCCCCAGAUAGAAGGGUGAUAGGUACAUAUAUGACGUUCCUGUUCCAUCCUGCUUCAAAGACUCCCCAAAUAUCACGGCCCGAAAUCCGCAACUGUCCGGGUCGCGCGUUGAGGACUGCUCCUUUUCCUUUUGCUUACAAGGAGAUGUUGAGCCUCAUGGUGCUGCGGGGGUCGUGCUUAUAACGAACACUGGC